GGAGGGGAAACCGAAUCGUCCGAUUUGUUGGUGGCGUUCGAGGUGCGCCAUUUUGUCCAGACACCGUGGUGAUUGGGUUUGGAAAACGGUACUGGAGCCAAUCAGAGGGAAUUCGGGCGGCGGAGAAACGGUGAAAGAGACAGCGGUUCGGAGGGGAUUGUGUCAGAGCGGGAGUGAGCUGAGCUGAGGGGGCGGAGCAGAGCAGCCGGGAGUGAGAUCAUGGAACAGUUCACCACGGCAACCACCACCAGUGGGGAGCAGAUCCUGGUGCAAACGACAGGCGGACAGCUACAGCAGCAGGGCACAGUAACCGCGGUAGCCACGGUGCAGCUGCAAGCUGAAGCUCCGGGGGCCAGCCAGCAGGUGCAGACGCUCCAGGGGCAGCCGCUGAUGGUGCAGGUGAGCGGGGGGCAGCUCAUUACCUCCACAGGGCAGCCUCUCAUGGUGCAGGCCAUGUCCGGAGGCCAGGGACAGACCAUCAUGCAGCUGCCCAUGGCGGGAGGGCAGGGGCUGCAGCAGAUCCAGCUGCUGCAGCCGGGGCAGAUCCAGCUGCAGGGGGCGCCAGCGGGCCAGACCCAGCAGAUCAUCAUCCAGCAGCCGCAGACGGCCGUCACUGCCGGCCAGAACCAGGGGCAGAUCACAUUGCAGGGGCAGCAGCUGGCCCAGACGGCAGAGGGGCAGACCAUAGUGUACCAACCAGUCAACGCCGACGGCACCAUCCUGCAGCAAGGAAUGAUCACCAUACCGGCUUCCAGCCUGGCCGCGGCGCAGAUCGUGCAGACGGGCGCCAGCACGCCCACCACCAACAGCACCGUCACCGUCACCCUGCCCAUGUCCGGCAACAUGGUCAACGCCGGCGGCAUGGUCAUGAUGAUGCCAGGCAGCAGCGCGGUUCCCACCGUGCAGCGGAUGCCGUUGCCGGGGGCGGAGGUGCUGGAGGAGGAGCCUCUGUACGUCAACGCCAAGCAGUACCACCGCAUCCUGAAGAGACGGCAGGCCCGCGCCAAGCUGGAGGCCGAGGGCAAGGUCCCCAAAGAGAGGAAGAAAUACCUGCACGAGUCCCGGCACCGGCACGCCAUGCAUCGCAAACGGGGGGACGGCGGGCGCUUCUUCUCCCCAAAGGAGAAGGAGGAAAUGGCAUUGGCUCUGCAGGUCCAGCAGGAGUCCUAGAUGGGCAGGGACAGUGGCACAGAUGAUCCGUGUGUCUUAGGGCUGGGCACCCUCCAGCCCACGUCCACCCCCCCCCCCACCCCUCGUGUGCGCACACACGCGUGUGCAGAUCGUCCAGGAUGCCGCACAAAACACAUUGCCAGAAGCUCCAAGCACCAAAACACCCGCCUGGAAUCCAGCCUGUUUUCAUCAGUCAGCUAACCAACCAACCCGUUUCUGUGUAGUGCCACUAUAAGUCCCAAAUCUUACCCACAGUGCUUCACAGUCAGCCUGGUGACUGCCACAGUUUUCAGGCCGUAGUUUUGUCAACAAAGCACGGUCUGAAGGUUCUGAACAAGAGGCUGAACCACGACCGCUCAGUUUGCCAUUAUCAGGUUAUUUAUUUUCUUAGCACAAGAGCAACCUACAGAGAUUAAAAUUUUUUUCAUACAGUCUGUUUAUACAAGUUGGUAUUGUAUUAAAGCAAUUCAAGUUAAGUAUCUUAGACAAUGCUACAACUCAGUACCCUACCAGGGAAACAAAUCUGCAACAGGCUCUGUUUCCUAACCAGCACUGCCCCCCGUUCUACCACACUGGUGCCUCAUGCUGUCUGAGAAUCUGUUCUAGUGUCUCUGAAUUAGGCAGAAUGAACACCCACGUCCGCCCGGCUGUUCUCCGUGUCCUGAUCCUAGAGACAAAAUGGCUGCUCCCUGGUGACAGUGCCUAUCCGCACCCUUCCUCUGUCUUGGUCAGGUGGGGACCUACAGUCUGAAAUCCUCCAGGUGUAGCCGGUGCAUCCUGGGAAGGGACAGUACUGUAAUAAUUGCACAAAGGGAGCGAUACUGGUUAGUUUCCCUGCUAACAAAAACAUCUCCAUAGUGCCAGGGAAGGUUAAAGUAAGAUUUGGCAAUGAGGUGACAUUAUGAUGAAAACUUUCCUCAGACAGUUUUAAACAUUUUAUUGUUACAAAAAAGGGUCUGUCAAGCAGAAAAACACUCCAGGCAUGUCACAUAGAAACAUACUGGCCAAAUGCCUCUGAUGGCUAUUAUUAAGUCAUUAUGUCAGACUUUAUGCGUUGGCUAUGAGCGUCUGCCAACUGUCUAUACAGCAGGUAAAUGUUCUGGAUCAAAUUACCGACAUUGCCAAUGUGCUUAACUUUCCUGAUAAUAUUAACACGAAUGCCCAUCCAUCAUUCAGAUUCUCUUUCAAACUUGAGUAGCAAAUCUGAGCAUUCUUAGGAUUUUUCUUCAGUGUUUGUUGUGACUUAAAGAAGCCUUUCAGGGGGCAUCCAGGAAGAUGGACGGGUGUAGAUAAGUUGUUGUCAGGCUGUCUGGGCAACCGAUAGGCCGGCACAGUCUCUCUCUCUCCCUCACGUGCGUGUAGAUGAGCUAACCUGACUGACCUGUCGCCCGCGGUACCGUUUCUCUUUCCCAGCAUGCUCAGCGGCACCUCACCGAUCAAAGCAGCGAUGCUGUCUGCGCAGCUGGUGAAGUUAGAAGCGUCCCGUCAGUGUUGACGUCACAUUGCCAGCAUGCUGAACUCAGCCCACGUGAUGGUGGCAGUGUAGAAGGUCAUUGAACCCAACUGUAAAGUGGCGCAUUUUUUUCAAAGCAUUUGAAAAGAAAAACCAGGGAAUCUUAAGAAAAUAUGAGUGUUGGUGUAAAACGCAUCAAUCUGCUCAUCAAAAUGCAAAUGUAAUAUAUAGCCUUUCUGUUUGUUCCGAGAUAGUAACUAGCAAUGGCAAAGUUUACCAUCGCCUAAUUUGGUCUUGUAUAAGAUUUUUUUUUUUUUUUUUUGUAUAUCAGGGUCCAGGGAAGCAGAAAUGUUAACUAUCCUGAGAACUUUCAUGCUCUGCAGUUAUUAUAUAAUAAUAAUUAGCUCUGUAUGUUCCCUUUACACUGGUACAAAUUGCUUAGUUUUAAAAGGCAAGGUUGUGAAGAUAGCUUGUAGUAGUGAUAUUUGUUUUUAUUUUCCACAUUAACUUUUAAUAAUGAUAUACAAGAUAUUUGCGGAAGUUCACUUUAGUAUAUUAGGGAGUUAACCCAUUAGCAUUGGCUGUAAUGCAGAUUAACUGUAGCACUUAACACUGCAGUGCUAUAGCAAUUAAAGUUUCUUUGGAAAAUUUAGCGGAAUUUGACAGCCAUGCUCACUUGAUAGUUUGUCAUUUACCUGAGAUGUUGGGGGUUUGAAAAGUUACUCCUAUGCAUCAGAGCUGAAUUAAAUUUUAUUAAAUGGGUUCAUUAUGUUUCUGAAUCGGCAAAGUUCGCUGCCCUCCUUGUUUUGUGGUGUCUAAACGGGUUGCACACUGUAAGGUGAGUUAAUCUUUCAUUUGAAUGUGAAAGCAGGAGAGCUGUCUGUUGCUCUGAUGAGAGAUGUGCAUUGUUUCGCUUCUCUCCUGAGGGGUAGGAUUGGUGCCAGACCUGUCUGCAGGUUGGCUUGUUUUCCAGUUGGAAAGGGCAAAGCCUUAUGGCUUAUGGGUGACUUUUCUCAGAUGACACGGCACCACGAGCGGCCGUGUUUCCCAUAUAGGGUUCAUACGCUAGCACAGUUGAGUUGUAUGGCACCAGUGAUUGGCUUACUCCUGCAAAUGGAGUUAAACUAGCAGAGAAAAGGCUUUGGCUGUGCUUUCUGUCAGGACAGUGCAGAGCUCUGGAAAUCGGCCUAGGGACAUUGGACUACGUGGAAGAGAAAUCCAUUUAGCUGUUGGUGAACUUGAUUUAGUUUUAUUUUUUUUUUAAAAAAUGUUGUGUUGAGGAAUAAGUAUGUGUGGUGGGAUGGCUCUUUGUCAAGCUUCUUUUCUUUCUGAAGUAAUUGCCUUCUUUCCAUCACAGAAAUAUUUUUUUUUCCUGUAAUGGUGUGUUAGUAAGCCUUUUUUUGUGCUAGAUGUAUGCCAAUUUCCUUUUUAGGUAAUUAAGUGAAAACUACCUUUUAGUGUUUGUUACAGAGAUGUUUUGUUUUGUGUUUUUGUAUGUGCACCACUCUAAGGGCUUUUAUUUUUUACUUUUCUUGGGGAAAGACAGAUCUUUGUGUACUAUGUAUAUAUGUAUAAAGUAAUUAUAUUACAUGAGUUAUCGAUUACAUGAUACACUGAUUAGAACUGUACAUUACCUGGUUAUUAAACUGAUUGCUUAUAUUAAAA